ACAUAUGUUGUUGGUCAAGACAAUGAUGAUGUGGAUAUGCAUUAUUAUGAUAGACAACUAUAUACUAUAUCAUUGGAAGCAAUGAGAUUGAUUGUUGCCACUGAUGUAUUGGUUGUUGGUCUAAAAGGUGGACUUGGAAUCGAGAUUGUCAAGAAUAUUGUGUUGGCUGGUGUAAGAUCAGUAACACUCUACGACGAUGAUCCUGUCACUAUGAGUGACUUAUCAUCCAAUUUCACUUUGGAUCAAUCACAUGUUGGUGUUGCGAGGUCUACUGCUUGCCAAGAGGUAGUGUCUUCGCUCAAGCAUAACGUGACAUGUUAUACGGGCGAACUCACAGAGGAUGUUAUAAAGAGACAUCAUGUUGUUGUGUUGGCAAACCAGUUACCAUCGAUCAAUGUCAAGGUUAACCAAUGGUGUAGAGAUCACUCGAUCAAGUUCAUCGCUGUAGAGUGUCAUGGUGUAUUUGGAUCAUUGUUCAAUGACUUUGGCGACCAGUUCCACAUCACCGACAUACGUGAUGAGGUGUUGUCUCCAGCUCUCAUCACUUCAUUCAAGCGCUCAGACUCUGCUGGCUCUGACUCCUCCUCCAACAACAACAACAACAACAACAAUUCUACCAAUGGUUUGUUUGAAGAGGUCGAGAUACAUUUGGAGGAGUGCACAUCAUAUAUGCAUGGUCUGUCUGUUGGCGAUCAGAUUCACCUUUGUAUCAAGGGCAUUACACAACUUGUUGACCAUGGACCAUAUACAAUCAAGGAGAUCCAUCAGCGAUAUAAACUCAAGAUUGAUAUGCCCUCUGAAUUGACACAGAUACUUGGAAGCUUCACAGGCGGUCGUGUCAUCCCCCUGCCUCAAUCAUUGACAGUGGACUUCAAACCAUUGUCCAUCACAUCGCAAGACCUCUAUUGUCCUUCGGACGACCCUGCCAAGAGCUACAAUGACAUUCAACUGAACCUGGCAUUCCAAGCCGUUCACAGGUUCAGUGAGGUACAUGGUCACUUCCCCCGAGCCUUCAAUAUUGUCGAUGCAGAAGAGGUGUUGGAGUUAGCCAAGGUGCUGGCCACCGAUAUCAACUCGCAACCGAGUGUGGAUGAGACAUUGGUGCUACAAAUAUCGUUUACAUGGAGUGGAGAGCUUGCUCCAGUCUCAUCAAUCAUUGGUGGUGUGGCAGCACAAGAGGUCCUGAAGGCCGCCUCACACUUAUUCCAACCUAUUUAUCAAUUGACUUACUUUGACUAUUCAUCCGUGUUGCCAACAGACCUCUUGAAUAUGUCCUCGCCACUCGAUACCUCAACCAACUCACGAUAUGAUGGUCUUUUGGCUGUGCUUGGUAGAGAUAUCCAACGACUCAUCGAGUCACAGCGCCUGUUCUUGGUUGGCGCAGGAGCAUCUGGAUGCGAGCUGUUGAAGAACCUGGCAUUGAUGGGCUUUGGCUGUGGCACCAAUGGACACAUUCAAUUCGCUGAUCACGAUGUCGUCGAGCUUCACAACCUCCACACUCAAAUACUCUACUCUCGUGAGGACAUUGGCAACCUCAAAGCAACAUGCGCAGCGAGGACGACCAAGGCGAUCAAUCCCGCGAUGAACAUCACUGCUCACACAGAUCAGUGGAACGCAGAGGCCAACUCCAAUUUCAACCAACAGUUCUACACUGACUUGGACGCGGUGCUCAUGGCGCCCGACAACCUAUCGGCCAGGAUGCACAUUGAUGAGAGGUGCGUGAAGUUUGGCAUCCCCUACAUCGACACUGGGUUGCGUGGAAACAAGGGCAGCGUCCAGGUGGUGGUGCCACAUCAGACGCAGCCAUACUCGGCUACGAAAGACCCAUUCGAACACAGCUUCCCCAAGGACAUGCACCACUUCCCUCGUGGAGUUGAGCACACUACAAACUGGGCACAAGAUAUUCUUCAGAAUCAAUAUGUAGAGUCUCCCAAUGAUGCCAACGAGUACCUCAAUGACCCGUCAAAGAUUGAUGAUAAGUCAUUGUCAGCGUUUUCAAUGUCAUCCCUCUUGGACAGGAUUAGCGAGAUUCUGCUGCUGGAAGUUAUCCCAACAAACAUCGAGCAAUGUAUACAGCUUGCCCGAAAUAUGUUUGAACAAGAGUUUACAAUCAAGACUCAACGUCUACUACACAGCUUCCCCAAGGACUUGGUGACGGCGACGGGUGCACCAUUCUGGGGGCAUCCCAACAGAAUAGACGCGCCAACACCUCUGUCAUUCAGCUCGCAAGACCAUCAACAUCGCCAAUUUGUCAUUGUGGCGGCCAAGCUGUUUGCCCUCACCUUUAGCAUCGAGUGGACAUUGGAUGCACAGUGCACUGAGGAACAGCUCACUCAAUGGAUGGACUCAGUCACACUCAGGAGACCCAAAUCUCUGGGCACCAAGCCCUAUACCGAUGAGAGAAGAUUGAAGCGGGAGGCCAAGAUCAGGGCCAAGCUUAGCGCAAGGUCUGAUCAACUCAAGGGACUCAAACUACACAUUGUUAAGCCUCAACUUGGAGAGCCUGGCCAUCUCACAUCAGAGUUUGUUGUACUGGCUUCCCAACUCAAAUCAAGAGUGUACAACAUCGAACAAGAGAAUGCACACAAGAUCCGAGGCAUUGCCAAAAAGAUCAUCCCGACACUAAUCACAAGUGCAUCCGUAGUAGCCGGUCUAGCAUGCCUCGAGUUGUUGAAGCUUAUGCAAAAGAAGAAGCUCCAACAAUGUCCACGUAGCUUCAUCAAUCUAGCAACAGCAACAUUUAUCCAUGCUCAACCAUUGCCUCCCAAGAAAUAUAAUAUGAUUGGAAGUGUUGAGGGAGAGUGGACGGAAUGGGACCAUGUGGAGGUAUAUGGCGAUAUCACUUUGCGAGAGUUGGUACAUCAUAUAGAGCACCACUACUUAUGUACAUUAACGAUGUUGUGUACUGGUACAUGGUUGUUAUACGCCAGGUUCAUGAGGAAGGAGUUACAUGAAAAACUCUUUGAUCAACCAAUCAAACAGAUCAUUGAGGAUAAGUCCAAGCAAAAGAUUGGUGACAAAGUCCGCUUCCUAGAUCUAGAUGUUUGUCUUGACUACCUUGGCACUGACUAUGACUGUGAAGACUUCCCCAAGAUCAGAUACGUCAUCAAA